AUGAAUAGCGGCACCCUCGAGGCCGUCGAGGUCGCCAAAGCGCACCAGCCCGUGCUGCCGGUGGAGGAGGAGAAGGCGGGGUUGGAACACUUUUCCAGCGAGAAGGGCUCCCACGGCCUGCCGGUAUAUGCCGAGGCGACGGCUGAUGGCGGACACCCCACCGAAGACGAACUCCACAGCCUGCGACGAGUCUCCGGACAGGUGCCGUGGACGGCGUAUACCAUCGCCAUCGUCGAGCUGUGCGAGAGGUUCUCGUACUAUGGAACUACCGCCGUGUUCGUCAACUUCAUCCAGCAGGAUAUGCCCGAGGGAUCCGUCACGGGAGCUGGCUUCUCGGGCCAAUCGGGCGCUCUGGGAAUGGGCCAGCGCGCCUCUACCGGCUUGACGACAUUCAACAACUUCUGGGCGUACCUGAUGCCAUUGCUCGGAGCCUACAUGGCUGAUGAGUACUGGGGCCGAUACAAGACCAUCAUGGUGGCGAUCGGAGUCGCCAUCGUCGGCCACAUCAUUCUGAUCCUCUCGGCGAUCCCUCCAGUCAUCGUGCACCCGGACGGUGCCAUUGCCUGCUUCGCCAUCGGCUUGGUGAUCAUGGGUAUCGGAGUCGGCGGUUUCAAGUCCAACAUCUCGCCCCUGAUCGCCGAGCAGUACAAGCAGGUGACCCUGACCGUGAAAACCCUCCCCACCGGAGAGCGGGUCAUCGAGGAUCCUACCUUCACCGUCUCGCGCAUCUACAUGUACUUCUACAUGAUGAUCAAUGUCGGCUCCUUGCUCGGAUCCGUCGUCAUGGUCUACGCUGAGAAGUAUGUUGGCUUCUGGCUCUCGUACACUCUCCCGACCGUUCUCUUCCUGUUCUGCCCGAUGAUCAUGUGGAUCUGCCGCAACAAGUACGAGCGCAGCCCGCCGACCGGCAACGUCACAGCCAAGGCCAUGAAGGUCUGGAAGUUGGCGAUGAAGGGCCGGUGGUCCAUCAACCCCGUUAGAACCUACCGCAACAUGCACGCGAAUGAUUUCUGGGAGAGAGUCAAGCCUAGCAACCUCGAGUCUUCGCAGCGGCCGGUCUGGAUGACUUUCGACGAUGAGUGGGUUGACGAGGUCCGUAGAGGGCUGUUGGCUUGCAAGGUCUUCCUGUGGUACCCGAUAUACUGGCUGGCCUACAACCAAAUGACGAACAACCUGACCUCUCAAGCGGCAACGAUGGAGCUACACGGGAUCCCCAACGACAUCCUCUCGAACCUCAACCCCCUCUCGCUCGUAAUCUUCAUCCCAAUCUGCGACCAACUGAUCUACCCCGCGCUGCGGAAGCACAAGCUCCAAUUCACGCCGCUGAAGCGGAUAACACUCGGCUUCAUGAUGGGCACGUGCGCGAUGAUCUGGUCGUGCGUGACACAGUACUACGUGUACCGCACGAACGCGUGCGGCUCGCACGCCAACACUUGCGAUACCGUCUCGCCCAUCAACGUCUGGGUGCAGGCUGGCGCUUACUGCUUCAUCGCGUUCUCGGAGAUCUUCGCGUCGAUUACCGGGCUCGAGUAUGCCUUCACUAAGGCUCCGAGGAAUAUGCGCUCCCUCGUUACUGCCGUGUUUCUAUUCAUGCAGGCGAUCUCGUCCGCGCUCGGACAGGCGCUUGUGGCACUCGCUGAGGAUCCCUUACUGGUCUGGAACUAUGGCAUUGUCGCGGUGCUCUCGUUCGUCGCGGGGAUUAUCUUCUGGCUGCAGAAUAGUGGGCUGGAUAAGGAGGAGGAUCAGCUCAAUAUGCUGCCCGAGAGCAGUUAUCAGGGCAGGGUUAAGGAGGAGGGGAAGCAGGAGGAUGCUUAG